CUCCCGAGACCGUGCUGUUUUCCGGGACAGGAACCAACCAUGGCUCGGCUGUUGCUGGUCUGCGCGCUUUCCGUGUCGCUCGCCUGCCUCGCCUCUGGCUACCAGACGCGAUACUACUUCAUUCGCAAUGGCUUAGGUGGUGGCAGCGGACUCGGCGGCCUAAGCAGCCUCUUCGGUGGAGGAUAUGGAAGUAGCGGCCUCGGCGGAGGCAUGUUUGGCAGCGGCGGCAGUGGAGGCAGUGGCGGCCUAAGCAGCCUCUUCGGUGGAGGAUAUGGAAGUAGCGGCUACGGCGGCGGCUACGGUGGAAGCGGCCUCGGCGGCGGCCUAUUCAGCAGCGGUGGCAGUGGCGGCCUAGGUAGCCUCUUCAGUGGAGGUUAUGGAAGUAGCGGCCUCGGCGGCGGCUACGGUGGAAGCGGCCUCGGCGGAGGCAUGUUUGGCAGCGGCGGCAGUGGUGGCCUAAGCAGCCUCUUCGGGGGACGAUAUGGAAGUAGCGGCCUCGGCGGCGGCAUGUUCAGCAGUGGCGGCAGUGGAGGUCUAAGUAGUCUCUUCAAUGGAGGAUAUGGAAGCAGCGGCCUCGGAAGCGGCAUGUUCGGCAGCGGCGGCAGUGGAGGCCUAAGUAGCAUCUUCAGUGGAGGAUCCGGAGGUAGUGGCCUCGGCGGUGGCCUCGGCAGCGGCCUCUUUAGCAGUGGCAGCCUCGGAAGUGGCGGCUACGGUGGAAGCAGUGGUUUCGGCAGUGGCGGCUACGGCGGAAGCAGCGGUUUCGGCAGUGGCGGCUCCGGCAGUAGCUACGGAGGAGGCUACGGUAGUAGCGGCGGGUACAGCGGGAGCGGCUAUGGCGGAAGCAGUGGUGGCAGUAGCGGUAGCGGCUUGAGCAGCGGCUUCGGUGGCCUUUCAGGAGGCAGCGGCUUGGGUAGCCUCUUUGGCAGCCUUGGAGGAAGUAGCGGCUUCGGCAGUGGCCUCAGCAGCGGUGGCUUCGGUGGGCUAUUCGGCAGUGGAGGCUCACGUCGCCGACGCCGUGGACGUAGACACGGAAGGCGCUAUGGUGGAAGAGGUGGCUUCGGCGGCAGCAGCAUGGGUGGAGGCUUCGGCGGAUCCGGCAGCAGCAGCAUGGGUGGAGGCUUCGGUGGAUACGGCAGCAGCAGCGGCAUGGGUGGAGGCCUUGGUGGAUAUGGCAGCAGCAGCGGCAUGGGUGGAGGCAUCGGUGGAUAUGGCAGCAGCAGCGGCAUGAGUGGAGGCCUUGGUGGAUAUGGCAGCAGCAGCGGCAUGGGUGGAGGCCUUGGUGGAUAUGGCAGCAGCAGCGGCAUGAGUGGAGGCCUUGGUGGAUAUGGCAGCAGCAGCGGCAUGAGUGGAGGCCUUGGUGGAUAUGGCAGCAGCAGCGGCAUGGGUGGAGGUCUUGGUGGAUAUGGCAGCAGCAGCGGCAUGAGUGGUGGCCUCGGUGGAUACGGCGGCAGCAGCAUGGGUGGAGGCUUCGGCGGAUUUGGUGGCAGUGGCAUGGGUGGAGGAAGCGGCGGAUUUGGUGGCAGCAGCAGCAGCAUGGGUGGUGGCCUUGGUGGAUACGGCAGCGGUAGCGGCAUGAGUGGAGGCCUCGGUGGAUACGGCGGCAGCAGCAUGGGUGGAAGCUAUGGUGGAUUCGGCGGCAGCGGCAUGGGUGGUGGCUACGGAGGAUUUGGCAGUGGCAGCGGUAUGAGUGGAGGUUUCGGUGGAUCCAGCAGCAGCGGCGGCCUGGGUGGUGGCUUGAGUGGUCUUAGCAGUCUCGGUGGUUUUGGAGGUGGCUCCGGUGGAAGUCAAAGCGAUAGUUCGCAGCAGAAGAUAAUCUCAUUCUAAUUUGCGGCAGUAAAUUAGAGACUCCCUUGGGAGAAGAUAUUUGUGUGAAAAUAAACAACUCCUCCUGUCCUUCCAAAGAAA